CUUUAACUCACAACUAUAAAUCGUACUAUAAUAUUAUAAUGACGCCUGAAGCCGACUCGGGUCGGUAUCCGACCAGGAAGCGCGCCCGACAGGCGUGUCUUCACUGCAAUCGGCGCCGUAUCCGCUGUAAUGUCCUCGAGACGCGACCUUGUCAUAACUGCGUCUCUAUGAAUGUUCCCUGUGAAGUGGGGGUCUCUAAGCGAGGAAAGUAUCCUCGCAAGAAGGCUUUACGGCAGUCGGGGACUCCACAUGAGGGAGAUUCCAUAAUCUCAGACUCGACUGUUUCCGCAGAUCAUAGCAUUUUCCAGCCAGGUGAAAGUUCACUUGUGCAUAUCGACGCGUCGGAUUCUCCUGAUCAGCGUCAUCAUCUGGGACAACGCGGUAGCAGUGCGACGCAUAGCCGGAACAGCUUUGGGACUUCUUGGAUAUCCGCUGGAGAUACGACAAGCGUUUCUCAUCAGACUGUGUUCCUUGGAGAAUCAAGUCCCCUGACGUGUGUAAUUGAUGAGGGACGGCGGUCACCUGAGAAGGGUCCGGCGAACGCUAUGCAAAAUACUCGCCUUCACUACCCCAUCCCAGAAAGGCUGGACGCUAAUAGUACACGCGAUGAAGCUCUUCGCGCACACAGGCGAAAGGUGGAAGAGCAGCUGAAUGCUGAUGGCGCAUUCUCCUAUCCACCAAAAGACACUUGUGCGAUACUACUGAGGGCCUACUUCACAUGGUUUCACCCAUGCUUUCCCAUACUGGACCGCUUAGCGGUCAAACAAUCAUACGCCCGAGGAGAUAUUUCUCACCUUCUGCUGCAGUCGAUGCUCUUCAUUGGGGUUAGUCUUUGCACUGACGAAGACUUUGCGCGCACCGAGUUCUCUGUUCGAUAUCGAGCCAAGUUCCUCUUCUAUAGUCGAGCUAAGGCUAUAUAUGAUGCCGACUGGGAGUCGAACAAGACUACCAAGUUGCAGUCACUGUUCUUGCUGAGCUCUUGGCGCGGAGGGCCGUCUGAAGAACGUGAUACGAGGUUCUGGCUAGGAGUCGCUAUUAGCUUGGCUCAAAAGCGUGGCAUGCAUAUGAUGUUGGUGUUAAACAAUCAAAACUGUGGUGUUGCUGACUGUCCUAGGUCCAAAUUACCCUUUCCGUCCCCGCGGGAAGAAAAAUUAUGGAAACGAAUAUGGUGGGCCCUUUAUAUACGCGACCAGCAAAGUGCUGCAGCCUUGGGUCUUCCGCCUCGGAUACGAGACGAAGACUGCGAUGUUGCAAUGCUUGAGCCGAGCGAUAUCCGUGAAGAGGAAGCAGUGGAAGAUGCACAAGUGUUUGGAGCACAAAGAGAAGAAGAUAUAGUUUAUCCGGCGGAAAUGGCCAAGUUAGCGAGGAUAUUGCGCACUAUUGUAUCAACACAAUAUCUUCCUGUGCAGUCCGGUACCGAUGAAUCGUCACGGACAAAGUUACAGCAGACAUUAUGCGAAUGGGAGUCAUGCUUACCUGCAACCCUGAAAUUAGAAACUACAGCGUCCCCGAGAGCCAUGUUUUUGACUGGAUUGUUGCACAUGACGUACAAUAACUUGUGCAUCCUCCUACACCGACCAUCGUUCCUUAAUUCUUCCAAUCCUCCCGUGGACAAAGCAGGCCAGGUUGCACUGGAUGCUGCCACUAGGAGUACCAGGAUUAUCGAGGACAUGUUGUCACACAACCUUGUCCAACACGGGCCUACUCAUCUGAUCACCCAUACAUUCUCGACGCUGUGUAUCCAUACUAUCCACUGUCGCCGAACAUCUGGAACGGCUAGGAAGUUGGCAGAACACCGCGCAAAGCUCUGCCUUCUCGGGCUCCAGGAGUUACAGAAAACAUGGGAUAUAGAAAAUUGGGUACUGAAUCUCUUCUUCCGAUGUCUGGAUGAUAGCACCGCGCGUACUCUCCGGUUGACAGACAUUGUCGCACCAUCAGGUCAACCAGUAACCCAUACUGAGAAUACAGAUAGAAGUGCCGAUGCCGAUAAAACUCAGGAUCUGCCCACACCGACUGAGGCCAUGGAUUCCAUUCAGGGAGAAGACCCUACACUAGCGCCUGCCUUACAACCUUCCCCGAGAAUGGAAAAUGGGGAUAUUGCAGCGCCCGGUGAUUGGUACGGAUUGUUUAACUUUACGGAUGAUUUUGCAGAUGUUCUAGGGGCGUCUUCAUACCAUGAUUCGCUAAAUCUGCAAAAUCUGGAAUUCUUAUAUCGAUUCUUGUGACAUUGGCAUGGUGAUUCAUUCAAGGAAGAAUUUGUCAACUUCGUUAACGAACCAUUGGGCGGCUACUGUAUUGACAGCCUGGUGACCAUAAGGGCUCUAGCAAGGCUCGUAUGAGGU